UGUGUCCUUAGCUAUGGAUUUGUUUGACACUGGUGGCCAGAGCCAGUUUUCCCUUCUCCAGCCCCCAGAUGAGUUGUGUCCUGGGGAGGUGCAGCCCACCCAGUGCCGCAGCCCCAAGCCAGGCCCACCCCGGAGGGGACUGUGUUUCCAGGUGGGGGCACAAAGGGGCUGAGAGGCUGCUCCGAAGCACAAAGGGCAUCUCCUGGGCUCUGAGCAUCCCUGCCUUCGCUGGUGACUUCUGCACGUUGCGCUGGAAGGAGGGUAUUUUUUCCCAGGGGAUGCACAAUGUGAUGGCAGUCGGGGGCUGCCGGUGUGUUUUUUGGAGUAGUGAAGCCCCUGGAGAGGGGAGUGUGAACUCAAGUGAGGCUACCUGAGAAACACCUGACUUGGUUGUUCGGUGAAGUAAAGUAGAGGGGAAAAAAAAUAAAAAAUAAAACCAGCUGGAUCAUGUGUUACCAUACGAACAGGCAAACGGGGACAUGGAGCCUGUCGGCACCUCUCCACACACUAGUUAUUCAUCUGCUGUGAAAGCUUGUGGAGCUGGGCCUUCCAGACGCAGAGGCUCCUUGGUGGUGUCCAGAGCGUGGGGCUGACCUGCAGCCCUGCUGUCCCCAGCGUGUCCCUCGCACGCCCGGAACCUCCCCAGGAGAGAAGGCAACAGAACGGAGGCCUCACGAGAGUGGGCAAGUGGCCUGCACGGGGCAGGGUAGGAGCGGCUGGUGUGUGGAUGUGGAGCUGAACCUGCCAUCCACCAGUCCCUGUGUCCUGCAUGUGAGUCAGGGGGAGGUGGAGAGCCAAGGCUGAGCCCUCUCCUACAGUCCUGUACCUCUUUCCUGCCUGCUGCCAAAGCCAAUCCACUCCCAGCUUCUCCCUGAGCCUCCCAGCAGCCAGAGCAUCCAUUGAGGACUCUCCUUGCUGUGACACUUGCCUCAUGGUUGGUCUGCCAGAUCCUGAGCUUCCCACCUUCACAGCCAACCUCGCAGAUUUUCUGCUUGCCAAAGAGUUGCUUCAGCUGGAGUUGAAAGAGUUGCUAGAGCCCAGCUCCUCAGGAACAUCCUUGCUAACCUGGUCCAGGCGCACUAGGCAUGUUUUGAGCAUUCCACAGCAAAAAGACCAGUGCAUGGUAAAUAAGGAGAGGGAAGAGCAGCUGUGGGUCAGCCUGGGGGGUUUGCUCAGCAGGCUGUGGGGUCAGAAAAGCCAAAAAGAUGGUAUUUUCCAUAGAGUAUUUUCUUUAUGCUUGCACUGCCAUGAAAAGCUUCUUGAUCAAGCUUAAAAAAAAUAACUUGGAUCAGAAACAAAACAUGGGAAGUGCCAGGAAAAGGGAGAAUUACUCAGAAAAAAAUGUGGAAAUCAAGUUUAAAACACCAAUCUUCUGCAAUCCCACUCAUAAAAUUAGUUAUUGGUGAGCAUCAGUGUGUGUGUGGGUCACACCUCUUUUCUUCUGAUUAUUUUUCAGAUGCUCCUUGUGCCUGAUGACAAGGAAAAAUUAAUACGAUUGACUUCUGUAGCUCAAUCUAGCUUUAAAUAACUGAUAACCAGUACUAUCUCCUUUUUAUUUUUAUUUUAAAAAAACCUCUUUGAAGAGGCUGUGGGCCCAGCAUGCUGGGUUGGCUCAAUCCCCUGUCUUUCUGGGGCUGUGCUGGCCGGGCAGCCCAGGGGAAGCUUUCAACUCCAGUAUUGAUCCUUUUGAAGUUUAUGGCUACUGGUAGUCACAGUUACUACUGCUUGUUCAAACUGCCAUGAGAUGGACUGUUUCAUUUCUUAAUAUCAGGCUGAACCUCCUCCACAUCAAAAAGAUUUAUUUCUGUACUUAAUUUUUCCAAUAUAUAAUUUCUGUCUCAGAAAUGGAGCUGGCGUUUCUCUAUGACACUAGUGGAGCUCUGUAAAGCUGCUGUACAUUUUUUUUGUCUUCCAAUGUACCACAUGAGAUGGUGGGUGCUGGCAGCCCAGGACAGGGCUCCUGGGAACCCCACAGACCAACUCCAGCCCACAUUCCCUUUGGACAUUUCCCUUUCCAUGUACCAGCCCAGGAGACGUUACUGCUCUCUGCAGCCAUCCCUGCUCUCCUUUGCCCGUUAUAUGGAAGCAGAGGGGCCUUGUGUUUCUCUCCUGCCUGCAAUACACCUUUUCCAAGCUCCAGGAGGGGCUGUUCCUCCACAAGCCGUAACUCCAAAACCAAGAUGAUUGUUCCAAAUUGCCCAGUUUUCCAGGCUGGGUUUGUGGAACUGCUUCUUCUGGGUCCCAGAUGGAGCAGUGGGUGCUGCACACACCACCUUCUCCUCUUCACCUCUGCUGAGCUGCAUCCUCCUUACCAUGUGCUCCUCACCCUGUGGAGCAGCAGGUGGGGGCAGCUGGAUAGAGGCUGCAUCAGGCACGUGUCAGUUUAGGACCGGAGCAUUUGCAUCCCUUAGGUGCUCCAUCAGCUCGAUGAGAACCACUGAAAUCUUCUGCCACCAAUUUUCUAUUCCAUUGUGGUUAUUAAUUACUAGAUUUGGCUGUUCUGGAUUUGCCCACGAGGGAGCCAGGAUGAGGUGGUGCUGUCUAAAGGAGGGUGAUGAUGGGGAGGUGGCCCCUGCCAGCCCUUGGACCUGCCUGGCUGAGCGCUGGCAGCUCUGAAAAGUUUAGCUCGGAGCCACUCUCCUUGACCUAUUUAUUUUUGCCCAUGUUCAUGGCCUGCAUUGUGCCCUGAGGAAUAGAUCAUGCUGCUUGAAGGCCCUUUAUUUUUAGCCAGCCCGGUUUUCUUGUUACAGCUUAGUGGGAACUGGUCUUUUCAGUCCAGCUCCACCAGAGCUUGCUCUCCUGCAUUGGCCAGCUCUUUCCCAGGUCCCUGCUGUUCUUUGUAUGUUGAUUACUCACUCAGUGGGUUUCCUGCCCCCUUCCACCAGGCUUCAUUCCUCCUUUAUGUUCUGCUUAGCCUCUCCCCCUGCCCAGGUCCCUGCCUUAACCUCCGAUUUCCCUCUGCCCUUGGCUUCUGAUGGGCACCAGGUUGCCAGCCUUUCCUCCUGCCUGCUCUGAUAACCUUGGCUGUGCUUCCCCUCCUCACAAAUGGCAGGAAAUUGGAAAUGCUGCUCUAGCCUCACAAAAAUCAAUAGCUGCCUCCUUGGCCUGGCAUGGCCCUGCUCUGCCUACCUUUAUCCAGGGCAGGAGGGGGGUUGUUUUCUGCUGAACUCAGAGCAGUGAUUUAUUGAUUCAACUCAUCCUGUCCCGGCAGCUGACCAGCAAUACAUUUAUUUUUCCCAGUCCAUCCAUGUAGCUCAGAGUAGUGGCUUGUGCUUGGAGUUUGGUCAUGAAGGGGUAGGCUCAGAAAUCAGGACCAGGGUAAUACCUUCUUUUUGUGACUGUGGAGCAGUAGGUAAAGUCUUCGACUCACUCCUAGACCUUGGUGAACUGUGUUAGCAACACUAAUAUCCAUUUCAUUUUUCAAAGGAGUCAAUCCCAGCAAGGGCCAUGUGCAGUUUCCAUCAGUAGCUAUGGCUCUGAGACAAAAAGAAAUCCAAUAUGAGGACUGCAGGCUACACUGCAGACUGCCUUUAUUAUUCCCUGGACUGCUACCAGAAGGCACAGUGUGAUCGAAGGAGCAGGAACAGUUUUGAAGUCCUAUUUCUUGGAAAUCUUUGGGGCUAUAUUAAUUUAAUUUAAAAUACACCUUCUGUUGGAAACCAAACAGCAUCACCUUUUCAGCUGUAGGAAGGACAACACAAUUGGUAAAGGUUACUGGGGAGUAAAUCCUUGCUGAAAAUCAAGCCAGCUCCUGCUUGUGUCCUUGAAAAAUCUUUCUCUUGGGAGGUCUGUUAAUUCUCCAGGCUCUGGACAUGGGAGAAGGUUUGUUCUGAGUGGCUGCACCAUCCCUGCCACCCAGCCCCCCCGUGAGGUGAUGUGCCAGCAAGGCAGCAACAGGAUCACUCUCUAAUGCAUCCUUGAUUACAGGGAAAUUGAGGUGUAAGAGAGAAAAGAAAUGAGGCAAUUGAGAGGUGUGACUCUGACACCUGCCCCCUCUCCCUGCUGCUACUAUUGCUCCAAUGACCAGUUUAAAUUAUGCCAAAUGGGGGUAUUUUCCAGUGCCUGGCGUGGAUGGACAAGAAAUCACAGGAAAUACUCAGCUAUUUCCCUCUGAAUGGCUUUGUCUGCAACUCCACAUAUUCCCUACUUUGUUUUUUUUGUCUUCUUAUUAACAAAAAAUGUACACGGAGGAUGUUUGUUGAUCAUAUAUGAGCCAAGAAUAGAUUCCUGCUCCUUUUACCAUUUUGGCACCAAAAUGCCAAGAGGGAUGAGACAGCCUGUAGUAAAUACUGUGAGUUAGGGAGAAGAAUGGAUGAGCCAGAAGAUCUGUGUGGGGGUGGUCAUAUUGCUGGAUCAAAUGGGAUAUAUGAAGAGAUGGGAAAUGGCAUGUUCCCACCCAGUGAAGGGAUAAAGUGGUGUCCUGACAUCUACAGCUUUGUGCUGGUCUGUGCUCUUGACAGUAAGGCUCUCCUCAGGCUAUCAAGGUGCAGGUCUACCUCUGCAGGAUGGGAUUCUAUGCCGUAUAACUACCAGUUCUUCUUUAGCUGCUGCCUCCUAAUUCCUCAGGAAAAAAAUAUAAAUCUGACCAUCUCCUCAGCUUAUCUUGCUCUUCACUCUCCUAGCAAGGAGGUGUCCCUCCCAGAGUCUUAUCCUGCUUUUCUUGGGCUGAGGGAAACAUUAAAUAAGAACGUUAAAAAUGAGGCUAGUUAGCAAAGGCAAAGGUGGAAAGCUGCCGAGAGCAUGAGCUGCAGCAUUUGCUCAGCUGUGUGUAAGUGACAGCACCCCCCUUCCUGUAGGUCGGUACCUUCUGGGAACCAGCUCAGUGUGAACGUAGGAAGAGCCAAAUCCUUACUUUCACAUGGAAAGGAAUUGUCAAAGCUGUUGUAGCUCUUGAGGGUGCAAGUACAUCUGCUUCCUACCAAGAGGUACGUGUCUGCUUUGGGCUCAGGGUAGGAUGCAAUAAUAAAAGUCUCUCUCUCCCUUUCUUUCACUCAAGAAUUUGCAGCCCUUCCAGCAGCAAUCCCUGCUUUUCUCUUAGACCUGCCCAGAGCAGAGAGCUGGAGGCAGCUCCGGAGCAGCCAGGCCUUGGGCAUCACAUUUCUUUGGUCAAUGCAGUUAUUUGGACUUCACAGUAACUACAAAUUUCCUUCACAUCAUUCUUGUAGGAAACCUGCUGCAUGAUCGGCCCAGGACAGGGCUGUCAUGGAGUUGAUGUGGUUGGUGUGUUUGUGCUGUGGAAGUGCCGGGGUGGGCACUGGGACAGCACAGAGCUCCCCAGGAGCACCCAGCCCAGCAGCAGGAAAAAACCCUUUGGAGGCUUUUGAGUGUAAAAUUACAAGCUGUGAGGGCUUCUGGCAUCUGUGAGGGUUGCUGUAAGCAAGUGUUAUGUGUUUACAGCAGAGGUACAAGAAGAAAAGCCCUGCUCCAGCUCACUCGCCAGCCAGCUGUGUCAGCACAGCCAGCUGUCACCUCCUGGCCCAGGCAGGAGCCACCUCACCACGUUUAAUCACUAAAUCCCACCAACUUUGCUGCAGUGAUAACAAUAAUGAGAUUUCUCUUCCAUAGACCCUGUCCUGCAGCUCAUGCCAUGAUAGCAAACACGAGCUGGGUGCAGGCAGGAUGGGGAUAUUCCUGUUUUGGUUCAGGGGCUGGUACCUGGGGAGCUGUACAAUAGACAUACCCCAGUCCCAUUGCUUAGCAAGCAUUAUUUGGGGAAUAGGUGUUUCAAAUGAAAUGUGUGUUUAGGAGGACUCUGCCCUCCUUCCCAGGCAGUGGAGCUGCUGUGCUCUGCACCCAGCCUCCUCCCAUUCAUUGUCCCUUGAAACUUCACAUGGCACGAACAAGCCCUAUGCAAUUUAAAGAGAGCUCGAGGACAAUGCAUCCUGCUGCUAAUGUGUUUAAAUUUGGUACCUUUUGUUGUCUAGCUGGAUUUAUUUUUUUUUCCCUAUUGUUUGCAGUGCUGCACAACAGCAAAAUGUGCCUUGCAAAAUGUACAUGGCAUGGCACUUAUCUGUGACUCACACUGUGUUUAUAAAAGCAGUCAAUGGUGCUAUCUCCCACUCCCCAGAAGAGCAUCUCUCACACAAAUCUUUUCCUUAUUAUUGUUAUUCCUCUAAUCUUUCAUUUCUGUGGCUUUUUCCACGUGUGUGUGUGUCUCCCAUAUUAAUUGCACUUUGCUCUGAUUUCUGGUGACAUUUCAUCAGUCUGCAGGCACUGUGAGGAUGCCACAAGUUAGUAAAAAUACAAAAAAAAAAAAAUCCAUCCCUAAGCAAUAUGAGGGAUGAGGGAAGAUUUUUCACCUCCUUGUAUAAUGUUUUCCCAGGACCUGACAGCAGCUCUCUGACCACAAGGCACAAGCUGGGUUGGGACCAGCUCAGUCUCUGUGUUCAGUCAACACCGGCGCUGGUGCCUCAGAUCCAGCAAACACAAUAAACAGCAAAAAAAAGCCGCCCCGUUCCCCGGGGAUGAGCGCCUGCAGCAGGAAGGCGCUGACCCUGCUCAGCAGCGUGUUCGCCGUCUGCGGCCUCGGCCUCCUCGGCAUCUCCGUCAGCACCGACUACUGGCUCUACCUGGAGGAGGGCAUCGUGCAGCCCCAGAACCAGACAGCAGAAAUCAAGCUGUCCCUGCACUCGGGGCUCUGGAGGGUCUGCUUUCUGGCAGGGGAAGAGCGUGGCCGGUGCUUCACUAUCGAGUACGUCAUGCCCAUGAACAUCCAGCUGACAUCUGAAUCCACAGUCAAUGUCCUGAAGAUGAUCCGCUCUGCCACUCCCUUCCCUCUGGUCAGCCUUUUCUUCAUGUUCAUCGGCUUCAUCCUGAGCAACAUUGGCCACAUUCGGCCUCACAGGACUAUCCUUGCCUUUGUCUCAGGGAUAUUCUUCAUCCUGUCAGGUCUGUCUCUGGUGGUGGGGCUGGUUCUCUACAUAUCCAGCAUUAAUGACGAGAUGCUGAACAGGACCAAGGACUCAGAAACAUUCUUCAAUUACAAAUAUGGAUGGUCGUUUGCCUUCUCUGCCAUCUCCUUCCUUCUCACAGAGAGCGCCGGGGUGAUGUCUGUCUACCUGUUCAUGAAGCGCUACACGGCCGAGGAUCUUUACCGGCCCCACCCCGGCUUCUACCGGCCCCGCCUCAGCAACUGCUCCGACUACUCGGGGCAGUUCCUGCAGCCGGACGCCUGGGCCCGGGGCCGCAGCCCCUCCGAGAUCUCCAGCGAGGCCUCCCUGCAGAUGAACAGCAACUACCCUGCUCUGCUCAAGUGCCCCGACUACGACCAGAUGUCCUCGUCCCCGUGCUGAGUCCCACCACCCCAGCCACGUGCUCCCACACUCACCGCCUCCUGACUCCAUUUUGGUUUGCUUUGGUUGGGUUUUUUUCAGGCUGCUCUUUCCAGGCCGUCCCCUAUUUAAAGCAGCGUAAAUAUAACCACAGAGAUGGGUUAUGUAACCAACAAUGUAACCUAGAGAAUUGGGAUAUUUUCCUUUCUUUCUUUCUUUCUUUUUUUUUUUUUUCACUUACCUGCAGAACUAAAACUCUCUCCAAAGCCCUUUUCUUUCAGCUCAUCCCGCUGAGCAAACAGCAGUUCUGCCUGGGGGAUAAAUCCAGGACUGGACUCAAGAGCAGAAAAAAGAGACUAGAGUAGAACUAAGGGGUUGGGAAAAAAAAGAAAAAAAAAGAAAAAAAAAAAGUGUAUUCUUUUGUUUUGGUAAUCUGCAAAAGUUUGUGCAUUUGGCUGUAUCGUUUAACUACAGAUUAACUGGCCUAAGGGCCAGCAGGCAUAAAAGAUUUGUGUAAAUUUCUAGGAAGUAGCCAUAGUUAGAAAAAGAUACAUUUCGUUUUGAUUCAGUAUUUACUGAUGGAUAUUGCUCCAUGCUGGAUAUCACUUGUAACCAGGCUGUCCUGGGAAAUAGCCAUCUUUCUGCACUGUACCUCAGCAGGACACCAGCAGGUGGUUGUUUCUCUACAGCCACUUGCAAACUGUUCCUUAAAUAUCCUGUGUUAGGCUGGAGACCCUGCAGCCCUGGGGUGUCUAGGCUGUUGGGUGGGUCACCACCCGCAUUUCCUCCCCCAUCCCACAGACUGGAGGUCUGAAGAGCAACUGUGAGAAUUUCAGUGCAACGUCGAGUGGGAAACUACCUACAACCUUCCCUUAGGGACAGGAUUUAGGGGAUAUUCUGGGCAGAAGUGUAAGUUGUUUUGGUGAAAGGUGAGAUCCCAAAGCAAAGUGAUGUAGCUGAAGUUAAUGGCACAAGUGCACCGUAGCAAAGUAGUUGGCUUAUAUUUUAUUUUGGCAAGAAAAUGGUAUUUGAGCUGCUUUUUUGGUGUAUAUGUGAAUAAAUCUUAUUUUGAGGUUUUAAGUUUUAAAAUUUCAUAUGAUGUUUGAGUGUUUUGGUCUCAGCUGCCAGGGUGAGAACAUCACUCUGAUGGAAAACAAGGGGCAGGGAAGGACAAGGCUGUGCUCCCUCAUGUUCCUGUACAAGCCACGAGCUUGUCACCUUGCAGGAGAGUCUUCUCCAAACUUAAUUUCUGUUCUUGUUAUUUUAAAGCUUUCUGAAAAUUUCCUUUCUGCAAAACAAAACCCUCCAGGGAUUCUUAGUAUAUUUGAGCUUGUUUUGUCUUCCUGUAACUAAAACCAAGAGAAUAGAUGUGCUUUUAA